CUUUUUGGCCUCUGCGGGCCGCCGUGCCGCCUGCUCGCCUGGCGCCGCCCUAGGUCCGGAGGCUGCGCCGCUGCCGGCCAUGCCCGCCUGAGCGGCCCCACGGCAGGAGCACGAUGAGCGACAUCCGCCACUCCCUGCUCCGCAGGGACGCCCUCAGCGCCGCCAAGGAAGUGCUGUAUCACCUGGACAUCUACUUCAGCAGCCAGCUGCAGAGUGCCCCGCUCCCCAUCGUGGACAAAGGUCCCAUCGAGUUGCUGGAAGAGUUUAUAUUUCAGGUCCCAAAGGAGCGCAAUUCCCAGCCUAAGAGGCUGAAUUCACUUCAAGAGCUUCAGCUCCUUGAAAUCAUGUGCAAUUAUUUCCAAGAGCAAACAAAGGAUUCUGUUCGGCAGAUCAUUUUCUCAUCUCUCUUCAGUCCUCAAGGAAACAAAGCGGAUGACAACAGGAUGACCUUAUUAGGAAAGCUGGUUUCCAUGGCAGUAGCGGUGUGUAGAAUUCCCGUUCUGGAAUGUGCUGCAUCCUGGCUUCAGCGGACACCUGCGGUAUACUGCGUGAGGCUAGCUCGGGCGUUAGUUGAUGACUACUGUAAUUUGGUGCCAGGUUCCAUUCAAACACUGAAACAAAUAUUCAGUGUCAGUCCUCGCUUCUGCUGCCAGUUUAUAACAUCAGUCACAGCCCUCUAUGACCUUUCUUCAGAUGACCUCAUCCCCCCUUCAGAACUGCUUGAGAUGAUAGUCUCCUGGAUCUUUGAGGACCCCCGCUUGAUACUCAUCACCUUCUUAAACACUCCUAUUGCAGCCAACUUACCAAUAGGAUUUUUAGAGCUCACCCCACUCACUGGACUGAUCCGCUGGUGUGUGAAGGCCCCCUUAGCUUACAAGAGGAAAAAGAAGGCUUCUGUCUCAAAUGGUCACCUCGCCAGUAAAGCUGCCAAGGAGUCGGCCACAGGAGAUGAUAGAGACUGUCACCAGCUGUAUUCCAAACUGCAUCUAAGUGUCUUACAAGUUCUCAUGAUGCUUCAGGUGCACUUAACAGAGAAAAACCUUUAUGGCCGUCUGGGGCUAGUGCCCUUUGACCACGUGGUUCCACUUGUGGAGGAAAUAAACAGACUGUCUGAUGAACUCAAUCCACUUAAUGCCUCCAAAGAGAUUGAACUGGCUCUAGACAGGUUGGCUCAGGCUUUGCAGGUGGCCAUGGCAUCAGGGGCUUUGCUGUGCACUAGAGACGAUUUGAGAACUGUGUGCUCCAGGCUACCACACAACAAGGAUUUGGAAGCCAGCGAGAAGUCCUGUAGAGCUUCACAGAGCACCUGUGCUUUGAAGAGAUGCCUGCUCCAGCUGGUAAUAUCGGGUCCAGUACAACAGCCAACUCAUGGGGCUCUGCCACCAGGAUUCUAUCCUCACAUCCACACUCCUCCAUUGGGCUAUCCUGCUCAUGCAGCACACCCUGCAUUGCCUACUCACCCAGCGCUUCCUGCGCAUCCUGUACAGACGUUCAUACCUGGAAUGACAUUUCCAUACCGGCCCAUCCGCUAAAGAAUCUCACUUAAACUAUAACAUGGACCCAUUUUUCCAUGACUGGGGAAGCCUUACAGAGGAAGCCAAAUGUUUUAGGAACUAUAUUUUUCUUCUUUUUAAUUUAGUGCAGUUUGAUAUCUAGAAGAUGUUUUUCUACAGGAAUAAAAGCAAGGCAGAGUGGUAGGCAGCACUUACCUUAAACAAAGGCAGUUUCUUUAUUAACCCAUGUUAGUUGGAUAAAAGAAAAAAAAAUGAGUCCCCUAGAAUAUGUGGGAUUUUUAAAUGCUGAUUUAACUUCCUUUUUAAUGAACAAUACCACUGUAUUGCUUGGUCUGGUACUUAAGUAGCACACAUGUCUGACUGGUGAGACCAGCACCUCUUGUUUCUUUUUGAGAGGGCCAAAAAGAAAAUCAUCCAUAUGCUAUUUAUCUUUGUAAAUGUUUGUAUCUAUACCUACAGAGGGUGUAUACACUGUAUAUUUUUGAAAUUACAGCUGUCUGCUUCAGAAGCACAAGAUAGAAAAAAAAUUUGUGCUUCCUGUCACCAGGAAACAUUAAAGAGAAAAUUGUAAAAUGAACCUUUGCUUCCCACUUUUUCUCUUAAAUGUUUAGAAAAUCCAGCUCAUUAAGAUUGAUUAUAAGAAAGGGAAUGUAUGCCCUUUGCCACAGAAUUUAAUUAAUGCUGACUGGCAAAAAUGCUCACUGUAUAGUAGAUCUGCUAAAGCUAAACCAUUUGCAGCUGCUCAAGUGGUUCUCGUAAACAGCAUUGUCCGAUUGCUGCCAUUGUCCGAUUGCUGCAACAGAAUACAAAAUAUAUCCCAUUAAGAGUUGUGGUGCCUUCUUAGCAAAAUGAAAUGAGUGCAGUUCUCUUAAUUCUCUUUGGCUUUAAGAAGGGAGCUCUCUUUGUAGUAAGUUUCAGAUGCUAUGCUACUGAUCAGAGAAAAGCAUGAUAUGCAUAACUAUCUAUUGGUAGUUGUGCACACUUACUUGAAGCACAGGACAAACGUGGGGGCUGGGGUUUGGCACUUAAAAUGCACUCAAAUUCAAGAUAAAGCCUGAUGUUUAUCUAUCUUUUCCUAGUAAAAAAAGAAGCUUCAUCUGUGGAAGCUCCAAGUAGGUUAAAAGAUCCUGUUUGUGUAAUUAUUUUGGUCCUGAAACUAAAAAAUUACUAUGCACAAUGGAGUAUAAAAAUAAUUUUGAUGUUCAUUACAGCAUAUUUUAAGAGGUUACAUAAAAGUAAAAGUGGAGGUAGAGAGAGCUCUCUGUGUUUGGGGAUGUUAUCUGUUUUUGUGAUUUGAUUUUUUUUUUUUUUUUCAGUUCCCUGCAUCCUGUUUCUCAAACUUGUGCUCAGAGAUAGGUUCUUAAUUUUAUUUAUUUUUUAAUUAAACCUUGGAUUUCUUUUGAA